GUGGGCAGGAGGGCAGGCGGGCAGAGGCAGAGCCAGUGGCCCUGGGACAAUGGCUCUGACUGUGUGCGUGCGGCGACUAACAGGGCUGCCAGGCACCCAUGACCGGCAAGUGAGGCUCAGCUUUCGAGGUUUUACCCAGAAAACGAGGAGAAUUCACUGUGGGCGAGAAGCAGAUAUAGGUGAGCUCUUCCGUUGGCCACACUAUGGGGCUCCUCUGGCUGGGGAGUGUCUGUCUGUUCAGGUGGUCAACUGCAGCCGUGUGUUCAGCCCCAGGUCUCUGGGGACACUUGUGAUCUCCCUGCAGCAUCUACAGACUGCCGGGCAUUUGGUGCUGCGGGAGGCCUUAGUGGACAAGAAUCUGCGUGUGUCUCCAGUCCAGGUGGAACUUGACUUGAAGUACCAGCCUCCAGAGGUUGCAACUGGAGUCUGGGCACAAGAGGACUUUGGAGCACCCAUUCGGGACAGCUCAGAGCUGAUCAUCCCCAAUGUGGGCUUCCAGGAGCUGGAGCCUGGGGAGGCCCGGCUGGAGCGGCGGGCAGUGGCACUGGGCCGCAGGCUAGCUCAAGGAGCAGGUCAGCAGGACGAUGAGGACGAUGAGCUGGCGCUGGAGCUGGAUGAUGAGCCUGAUGUGGAGCUUUCUGGCGUCGUGUUCAGCCCACUCAAAAGCCGAGCUCGGGGCCUGGCCCGCGGGGAUCCUUUCCAGGUGUCCAGGUCCCAGGACUUCCAGGUCGGGGUCACCGUGCUGGAGGCCCAGAAGCUGGUGGGAGUCAACAUUAAUCCUUACGUGGCCGUGCGCGUUGGAGAGCAACGCCGAGUGACCGCCACGCAGCGCGGCACCAAUUGCCCCUUCUACAACGAGUACUUCUUGUUUGAAUUUCACGAGACCCGGCUUCACCUCCAGAACUUGCUGCUGGAGAUUACGGCUUUCCAUUCGCAGACCUUUCCCUUUAUGGCCACUCGGAUCGGCACCUUCAGGAUGGACCUGGGCAUGAUCUUCGAACAGCCAGAUGGCCACUUCUAUCAGAAAUGGGCCCCACUGCACGACCCCCGGGACACCCGCGCCGGGACCAAAGGCUUCGUCAAGGUCACUUUGUCCGUGAGGGCUCGCGGGGACCUGCCCCCUCCACUGCCACCCCCGGACCCGGGCCACAGUUCGAACAUCGAGAAGAACCUGCUGCUGCCGCGUCGGGUGCCAGCGGAGAGGCCGUGGGCGCGGCUGCGAGUGCGCGUGUACCGCGCGGAGGGGCUUCCAGCGCUGCGCCCCGGGCUGCUGGGCAGCCUGGCCCAUGCCCUGCUGGACCAGCGCGUCCCCGUGGACCCCUACGUGAGGGUGUCUUUCCUGGGGCAGCAGGGCCAGACGUCGGUACGCAGUGAGACCACCGCGCCCGAGUGGAACGAGCAGCUGAGCUUUGUGGAGCUCUUCCCGCCGCUAACGCGCGGCCUACGUCUGCAGCUACGGGACGACGCGCCCCUCGUCGAUGCGGCCCUCGCCACGCACGUGCUGGACCUGACGCAGAUCUCGCAUUCCGGCCGCGCAGCGGGGUUUAACCCCACCUUUGGCCCGGCCUGGAUACCUCUCUAUGGCUCACCCCCCAGUACGGGUCUCCGGGACGGUCUUCAGAAUCUCAAUGAAGGCGUUGGUCAAGGCAUUUGUUUCCAAGGCCGACUGCUGGUGGCUGUGUCCAUGGAAGUGUUGGAAGGGAGAGCUGAACCCGAGCCUCCCCAGGCCCCACAGGGGUCCAGGUUGUCUCGGCUCACAGAAAAGAAGAAGAAGAAAGCCAGGCGUGGCCAGAUUCCUGCAGGGAUACAGCAGCACCCAGAUACCAGCUCCAGUGUUGAUGCGCCUGAGAUUCCCAGUGCCAUGGAGGUGGAAGUGGAGGAAUUGCUGCCGCUGCCAGAGAAUGCCCUGGCGCCCUGUGAAGAUUUCUUGCUCUUCGCUGUGCUCUUCGAGGCCACCAUGAUUGACCCGGCCAUGGCUGCCCAGCCCAUCAGCUUUGAGAUCUCCAUCGGUGAUGCAGGUCGCAGAAAGGAGCAGUUGAGCCAAGGGUCCAGGGUGGGGGCGGAAGCAGAGGACACAGAAGGGGAGGAACAGCUCCUGCUGGAGUCAGACAUGGGAGUCGCGCCAGUGGAGGAGGAGGAGCUGGGAACCCCAGCUCAGCGGCCUGAGCCCAUGGAUGGCAGUGGGCCUUACUUCUGCUUGCCCCUACGUCACCGCAAGCCCUGUGUAUGUGUGUGGAGCCGCUGGGAGAAUCACUUGUGGCGCCUGCAGAGCAGUAACUGUGUGCGGAGAGUGGCCGAGAGGCUGGACCAGGGGUUGCAGGAGGUUGAGACUCUGCAGCGCCGGCCAGGACCUGGGGCCUGCACACGGCUGAAGCAGGCACUGGAAGAGCUGGUGGCAGGCAGCAGACAGUUUUGCCACGGUGCUGAGUGCAGGACGAUGACCCGGCCCAACGCCCUGGAUCGAUGCCGAGGGAAACUGCUGGUGUAUAGCCUGAACCUGUUGGCAAAGCAAGGAUUGCGGCUCCUACGGGGCCUGAGGGAGAGAAAUGUGCCAGAGAAAGUGGCUCUGGCCAAGAAGCUCCUGGUGAAAUUGCGCUUCCUGGCCCAGGAGCCCCAGCCGCCCCUCCCGGAUGUGCUGGUCUGGAUGCUCAGUGGGCGGCGCCGUGUGGCCUGGGCCCGGAUACCUGCCCAGGAUGUGCUGUUCUCUGUGGUGGAGGAGGAACGGGGCCGGGACUGUGGGAAGAUCCAGAGCCUGCUGCUCACAGCACCGGGUGCAGCCCCUGGUGAAGUCUGUGCCAAGCUGGAGCUCUUCCUGUGGCUGGGGCUGGGCAAGCAAGCCAAGGCCUGCACUGAAGAGCUCCCCGUGGACCUGCUGCCUGAGCCCUCAGCUGGGCUGCCCCACAGCCUGUACCGGGAUGACUUCAGCUACUUCCAGCUCCGGGCCCACUUGUACCAGGCCCGAGGGGUUCUGGCAGCAGAUGACAGUGGGCUCUCAGACCCCUUUGCUCGAGUCCUCAUCUCUACGCAAUGCCAGACCACGCGGGUCCUGGAGCAGACGCUGAGCCCUCUGUGGAAUGAGCUCUUGGUGUUUGAUCAGCUCAUCGUGGACGGGAGGAGGGAGCACCUGCAGGAUGAGCCCCCACUAGUGAUCAUCAAUGUCUUUGACCACAAUAAGUUCGGCCCCGAUGUGUUCCUGGGAAGGGCGCUGGCCGCCCCGAGGGUGAAGCUGAUGGAGGACCCUUACCAACACCCUGAACUGCAGUUCUUCCCCCUGAGGAAGGGGCCCCGGGCAGCGGGGGAGCUCAUCGCCACCUUUGAGCUCAUUGAACUGGACUACAGUAGCGGGCUUGAGCCCUCAGUGCCCAGCGAUGUGGAGCCCCAGGACCUGACCUUCCUGGCUGAGCCCUUCUCUGGACGCCUGUCCUUGCCACCUCACGUGCACCCGGUGCUCAGGGAGUUCCGUGUUGAGGUACUGUUCUGGGGUCUCAGGGGCCUUGGCCGCGUGCAUCUGUUUGAGGUGGAGCAGCCCCAGGUUGUGCUGGAGGUGGCAGGUCGGCGAGUGGAGUCUGAGGUCCUGGCCAGUUACCGUGAGAAUCCCAAUUUCACCGAGCUGGUCAAGCAUCUGACGGUGGACUUGCCGGAACAGCCUUACCUGCAGCCCCCUCUCAGCGUCCUGGUGAUCGAGCGCCGGGCCUUUGGCCGCACAGUGCUUGUGGGAUCCCACGUUGUCCCCCGUAUGCUGAGAUUCACUCUCCGGGGUCAAGAGGAUGCCCCCGAGGAGCAAGAAGAGGAGGAGACAGGGGACCUGGUCCCCAGGGAACCUCAAGGACAGAGGUCCCUGGACCCCUUCAGGGCCGACGGGACACCCGGACAGCUUCUAAAGGCUCCUCUGAAGAAGCUGCCUCUGGGAGGCCUCCUGACUCAAGGCCCAGGGCUGGAGGAGGACAUCCCAGAGCCUGAAGAGCUUGACUGGUGGUCCAAAUACUAUGCAUCACUGCAGGAGCUCCAGGGCCAGGCCAACUUUGAUGAGGAUGAAAUGGAUGACCCUGGGGAUUCAGAGGGGGUUCACCCCAUUUCUGUGGAUGGGGAAGCCCACGACCAGAGUGAGCCUGAAGUCAAAGGCUCUGUGUCCCAGAAAAGAACACUUGCCACUCUGAAGAUUUACAACACCUCCCUGGAGGAAGAGUUUAACCACUUUGAAGACUGGCUGAAUGUGUUUCCCCUGUACCGUGGGCAGGGGAGUCAGGGUGGAGAUGGAGAGGAUGAAGGGUCUGGAAAGCUUGUGGGCAAGUUCAAGGGCUCCUUCCUCAUUUACUCAGAAUCAGAGGCAGUGUCCUUCUCUGAGCCCCAGAUCUCCCGGGGGAUCCCACAGAACCGGCCCAUCAAGCUCCUGGUUAGAGUAUAUGUUGUAAAGGCUACCAACCUGGCUCCUGCAGACCCCAAUGGCAAGGCAGACCCCUACUUGGUGGUGAGCGCUGGCCGGGAGCGGCUGGACACCAAGGAACGAUACAUCCCCAAGCAGCUAAAUCCCAUCUUUGGAGAGGUCCUGGAACUCAGCAUUUCUCUCCCUGCUGAGCCUGAGCUGACCGUAGCUGUGUUUGAUCAUGACCUCGUGGGUUCUGAUGACCUCAUUGGGGAGACCCACAUUGAUCUGGAAAACCGAUUCUAUAGCCACCACAGGGCGAACUGUGGGCUGGCAUCCCAGUAUGACGUGGACGGGUACAAUGCCUGGCGUGAUGCAUUCCGGCCUUCACAGAUCCUGGCUGGGCUAUGCCAACGCUGUGGCCUCCCCCAACCUGAAUAUCGAGUUGAGGCUGUCAAGGUGGGCAGCAAACUCUUUCGGACAUCACCAGAGACCCUGCCCCCAGGUAUCAGGGGCUCCAAGGCGGCAAGGGAUGUCUCUGAGGAAGCCCAGGCAUUGCUAGUGCUGCGGCGCUGGCAGGAGAUGCCAGGGCUUGGGAUCCAGCUGGUACCUGAGCAUGUAGAAACACGGCCCCUCUACCAUCCCCGUAGCCCAGGGCUGCUGCAGGGGUCUCUUCACAUGUGGAUUGACAUCUUCCCCAGAGAUGUGCCUGCCCCACCCCCGGUUGACAUCAAGCCUCGACAGCCAAUCAGCUAUGAGCUCCGAGUCAUCAUCUGGAACACGGAGGAUGUGGUUCUGGAUGACGUGAACCCGCUCACUGGAGAGAUGUCAAGUGACAUCUACGUGAAAAGUUGGGUGAAGGGGCUGGAGCACGACAAGCAGGAGACAGACGUCCACUUCAACUCUCUGACCGGGGAGGGCAACUUCAACUGGCGCUUCGUGUUCCGCUUUGAUUACCUGCCCACGGAGCGCGAGGUGAGCGUCCGGCGCCGCCCUGGACCCUUCGCCCUGGAAGAAGCUGAAUUCCGGCAGCCGGCUGUGCUGGUCCUGCAGGUCUGGGACUAUGACCGCAUCUCUGCCAACGACUUCCUCGGAUCCCUGGAACUGCAGCUACCAGACAUGGUGCGAGGGGCCCGGGGCCCCGAGCUCUGCUCCGUGUGGCUGGCCCGGGACGGGGCUGCACCCAGGUGUAACUUGUUUCGCUGCCACCGCUUGCGGGGCUGGUGGCCGGUAGUGAAGCUGCGGGAGCCGGAGGACGAGGAGCAGGAGCAACGGGAGGCUCAGACCAGCAAGAAGAGGAGGAAGAAGAAGAGGAAAGGCCGGCGGGAAGACUUAGAGUUCUCAGACUCAGGAGGCAACGUCUACAUCCUCACGGGAAAGGUUGAGGCAGAGUUUGAGCUGCUGACUGUGGAGGAGGCUGAGAAACGGCCAGUGGGGAAGGGGCGCAAGGAGCCUGAGCCCUUGGAGAAGCCUGACCGCCCCAAAACCUCCUUCAACUGGUUUGUGAACCCGCUGAAGACCUUCGUCUUCUUCAUUUGGCGCCGGUACUGGCGCAUCUUGGUGCUGCUGCUGCUGCUGGCACUGAUCACUGUCUUCCUCCUCCUCGUCUUUUACACCAUGCCUGGGCAGAUCAGCCAGGUCAUUUUCCACCCCCUCCACCGCCCCUAACCAACCAUGGACACUCAUCCUGUAAUGCCAGCUCCGUCUCCUUCCCACCAACAGGAACCAUCCUGGGGUUGCCCUGUUUCCUCUGCCCAAACCUUCCAGGUAACCCACUCUUGUCACCUGCACACCCACGGCAGAUAAUAAACAACGCUCGGGGCAGAGAA